CGAUAUAUCGUCAGUACAAGCCAAAGGUAGUUUAAUGUAUUUUAUAUUCAGGUAUUCGCCUGACACUCUGUCUGAAACUUGUUUCCUGGGCUAUGGCAGUAUAGAAAGCUUUCCAGCAAUGUUUUGGGAAUACCUAGACGCAGCUCGACGACUUGGAAAUUCAGCGCACUCUACGAGCGAGUGAGCGACAUGGACAACACUGUCACCCUGUGGCAGUUCCUUCUCCAGCUCCUUUUGGAUUCCAGUAAUGAGCAGCUAAUCUGCUGGACCAAUGAGGAGGGGGAGUUCAAGCUGCUGCAGGCAGAGGAGGUGGCCCGGCUGUGGGGUGCUCGUAAGAACAAGCCCAAUAUGAACUAUGACAAACUCAGCAGGGCCCUCAGAUACUACUACGAUAAGAACAUCAUAAAGAAGGUGAACGGUCAGAAGUUUGUCUAUCGCUUUGUGUCCUAUCCCGACAUCCUGAAAGGAGAUGUUGCUGCUCGAACAGAGGGUGGGGAUGUGACUGCCGGGGGCAUUCCUCCCCUAACAAGACGGAACAGCACCCUACAAGAGGGUGACUCUGGUGACAGAACCAAGGUAGGAGGCAGUACACCAGCUCAGGGCUCAAGCACCAAGCAGUCAAACCGUAAUGACUACAUCCACUCUGGCCUGUACACUUCCUUCACACUCAACUCACUGGUAAAUGCACACGAGCUCUUCAAACCCAGCAAAAUAGAGAACCCAGCAGAGAAGAUGGCUGACAAGAGGGGUCUCACUGCCACUGUCACAGCCACGGUCCAUAGCCAGGAAGCACUGCCUCAGCCACAACAGCCAACUGCUUUGCCAUCCGUCAUCAAGUUUGGAAACACCCCUCAAAAGCCAGCACCAGCACCACCUCCUCAGGUUACCUUAGAGCCGACCCUGAUGUCCAACCACUUAGAUCCUCUGCAAGUACCGCCCCCGAGGGCUGAAGACAUCAGCACACACUCCUCCCUGCCGCCCCAGUCCGUUUACUCAUUUGAACACAUCCGCCCAUCAGAACCAACGUUCAGCUUACCAGACCUGACGUCGGCCAGCCCAUCCCCGAGCUUAGUGCCUGACUCCUCGCAAGAGCUGGUGAUCGACAGCGACAUUGAGUCCGGAUCAUCUCAGCCUGCAGACGCUCAGGCACCAGAGCCAACAGAUGCUCAUGCACAGGACAAGGUGGACAGUGGCCUCGGUCUGUCUGGAGAUGAGAUCAGCCUGGUGGACGCUGAAACCAGUUCAUCCUCAGUGAGCAGCUGCACCACAGUCAGCACUCAGAGCUCAGGAAAGACACGCAAGCCGCCGAAAAUCCUGCAGAUCAGCCCGCCAACUCUGCUGGUCACCGCCUCUGACUUCUCCCCCAUGAACCUCUGCAGCCCCUCACUACCUACUGCCUCUCUCACACCAGCAAUGCUACAGACUCCCACUCUAUUGCUGACUCCCAGUCCUCUUCUGUCCAACAUACACUUCUGGAGCACGCUCAGUCCGGUCGCUCCACUCAGCCCAGCCACACGACGCCAGGGAGCCCACCUGUUCCAAUUUCCAUCAGUCCUCACCCCCCAGUUCCAGAUCCCUGUACACAGUUUGGAUGGGACCAACACACCAGGCCCCAUUUCACCAGACCCUCAAAAGACAUAGGAUUAACUCCCUACAGCAUCACCACAUUUGGACCCAGACAGCCAGACACUCCACACCCCCACCCCCCACCCCGCCAGCUUCAUCUCCUGCUCUCACAUCCAGGACAGUCAUGUGGAAGCUCAGUCAUUGGCAUUCCCCAUCGAUCUGGUGCUUUAAAGUUUGCUGCCACAGAAUUCACACUACAGUCUGCUGUGUGGAGGGAAGACCCGGAGAGAUAUCGGCAGUCCAGGUUCGAUGAACGAGGGCGACGCGUUGAGUUUGUUUCAUGGCACUUACACCCUGAAGAUGCUAUUCUGCACUCACACACACACACUCACACUCACACACACACACACACUGAUGUCGUCAUUCUGUGUGCGCUUAUGAAUUAAUUUUGUCUGGCUUUUUGGGAUCCGCAGUCACCACAAUUUGAAGAAGGGAGGAAUUUCCAUGGCAACAGUGUGUGCAUGUGGAUUGGACCCUCAGCAGCCACAAUCUGCUUCAUACUUGGACACACAGACCAGUGGGAUUGCAGAUAUCUGAAUCUUUCCUUCUUUAUCAUGUGCAACAGUGUUACUGCCAAAAAGAGACACGUUUUUCAUUUUCCGUUAUCAGUCCUUAACCAGUUUUCUCCUCUGCUGAUAAUGAUUCUGCUCCUUUUUUGUGCUCCGUCCUGAACUUGUACUCUUGUUGAAGGGUAGCGCUUUAACCUGAAAACUCGCAUGUUUACCUGCAACUCUUUUAUCUUCUACUCAGCUCUUAACCUGAACUUAAAUGUCAAGCCUUGCCUCAGCUGCUCUGAUAUGUUGGCUAACUGCAGCCAUAUCCAACAGCACUUCUACCUUCACUGUCUUAUCGUGACACGUGGCCAUAAUCCGAGCUGAACCUUGAAUCACGCCUCUAUGUAACUGUUCUAAUGUUUGUAUAUAUACACUAGAAUAGCCCUGAAAGCCAGUGUGGCCUGGUGUCUGCCUCCAGCCCGUAAGCUUUUCAGGUGGGAAUGAAAGAAAGUGAAGCCAUAACCGUUUCUGAGCAUCGACUCUGCAAGCAACAAGAUGUCCACAGCUGUAUGUCUUACUGUCCUGACGUUGCCUUUUAUAACUUUAUAACUGAACCCCACAUUGUUAAAGGCAGACACUCUUCAGUUACCAUAUUAGAGACACCUAUUUUAAGAUUUUCAAAUAAGUUUUCGUGAAAUUGGAAACUUCCAAGGAAUAGUUUUAGACAUUUUGGGGAGUACACUUUGCUCUCCGGCUGAGAGUUAUAUGAGAAGAUUGAUACCGCUCUCAUGUCUGUGCUGUAAAUAUGCUGCUGGACCUGGCACCUGAUUAACUGAGUACUAAGAUUUGAAUUGGGCUUUGGCUGUACGUAAAAAAAAAAAUGUGUGUACCAGCACCUUAAAGCUCACUAACAAACAAGUUAUAGUAUAACGAAAAUGUAAAAUCAUCACUUUACUGUUUCAUGGGCCAGAAAUGAUUUAAUCUGUACAGAAAUCAGAGUGUAAAAAUGGCAAUGGAGAGCUAACGUGUUAUAUCAGUGAGCUUUAGGCUUUAUAACAGCUGUCUCUCCUGUUUCCAGUCUGUAUGCUAAGCUAAGUUAACCGACCCCUGACUUGGCAUGAGAGUGGUAUCAGUCUUCUCAUCUAACUUUUGGCAAGAAAGCGAGUAAGUAUAUUUCAUAACAUGUCGAACUAAAACCAAAUCAAACUGUUCCUUAUGAAGCAAAACCACAGCAGACCGUGAAACCUUGUUGAUUGUCUGCAGGUCAGCUCAGUUUUCUUCGUUGUAAAUGCACGGGAUUUGAUGACUUAUUGCUUGUAGUGUCAGCGCUGUCAUUUAAACAGAACCUCUAAAUCAUAGUAGCUGGACUCUUGAACCGUCCAGCCGUCACCUUUGCCUCGCUUUAGCAAUCUGAAAAUGAUCAACCUUUAAUCCUGAGGACAGUAGAGACCUUCUGGAACUUUAAGCACCUUCUUUCCCCUGAAACCUGCUCCUGUAGAUGAUCAGCCAUGAAAGGCUUGCACCUGUUUUGUAUACGACUACGAAGCCAUAAGUCUGAGACACAGACUCAAGAAGUAGAUCCCACCUUUCUGUGCUAUUACACAUGGAUAUUGUACAUCACACUUGUUUACACGAUACUUGGGUAGAACACGCUAGUGUGUGUUUACCUAAGUGUCACUUUCUAACCCAGGGAUGGAUGACCAGCGAGUCUUGUAGGGGGGAACCUAUGCUCACUUUUACUCAACGAACAGACCCCCCCCCCCCCCCCCCCCAAACCUGCAGAGUCCAUCACAUUGACAUAUGGUGCCUUACCACAGCCAAGCCCAAGUUUUUCUCCCAAAAGUUGAUGUUCUAUCAUUUAAAAGUCCGUAGAGACCUAACAGUAACAGGAUCCUCUUUGUUUUUCUGCCAUAUCUUCGCGUAGACCAAACCAGAGCCCCUGAAGUUUGGAGUAAAACUUCACAGGGAUGUUUUGUGUGCGUGCGCACUGCGGCUCACAUGGUCUGCGUGCAGCUUAUGUACUGCCGGACCUUAAAUGUUGCUGCAGUGUUCUUCAGGUUGCAUUACUGUACAUACAGACAGCAACGUGGGUUAAUAUGCAUAGCAUGUGUAAACUGAAUCAGGCCAUGUUUUACGAGUUGGCGGCCAUGUCUCUUUCCAACCUGCUUAUAAAUGUUUGUGAUAACAGAUCUACUCAGAAAAUAUAUAGAUAUAUAUAAAUAUAUAUAAAACCUGUUUAUCAUUUUUGUGUAAUCUUUUAUUUUCCUGUAACACCAAUAGAAUUUUAAGAUUAAUUUCUAUUUUUGUAAUGGCCGGAUAGUUAGAUGUCUGCAGUUUUUUGGUUCUCUGAUUUAAUGUUCUCUUUGUGCAUGUGUUCCUUUAUGUUGUGUUUUUUCUUGGCGGAGUUGGGAGGCGGCUGUCCCGUGGUGGCGUUGGCUUUUUUUUUUUUUCUUUUUUUUUUGGGGGGGGGGGGGGGAAUCAAAAGCCUUAUGGGAGAAAAAAAAGAAAAUCUAUGUUUUAUAUGUAAAGUGUUUUGAUAUAGUGUUGAUAUUGUACAUGCAGAUGUUGUGAUGAAACGUUUGCACUUAAAAUUUCGGGGUUCCUGUAGUAUUGGAUUCUGUCGCUUUUCUAUGACUCAGAUUUCCUCUUUGAUGACAUGUUGUUGAUGUUUGCUUACUGAGAAAUGUAUAUUUUCCCCAAGGGAGGAUACAAUUAUGCACUUAGUAUUUUAUACCACAAAACAGAGAUAAAUCUAAUCUUCUACAGUACAUAUCAAAACAUUUGCAGUAAUUUGUAAUUAGGCACUACCACACAAUAUUUAUUUAUUUGAAUUUAUAGUCAAGCCCAAUGGAAUUGGUCACUUAUAUUGCAUUUUUGCAUGAACUUAAAUAAAAACUAUGAAAUAGCUGGAAAAUAACCUCAAAGCCCAUUUGAAACUUUCCUCCAUCGAGUCAUUUGGACUUGUCAUUAGCAUAUUUCUUCAUUUGUAUCUUCUGAUGAUGUUUUUUCCUUCGACUUACCUUGAAAUGUACAACUUUUGUUUUGAAAAGAAACGACACAGCUCUGCUUUGUUCUGUCCAGUUCUCUAUUUGUUUGAUGCUUUUUCAAAUGUUUACAAGCUACUUGUCUUAAGUGGCAUAUUGAUGUGUGAGAGGUGUAGAGGAAGUGUUUAUAACAGAACAGACAGGUGAGACCAAUAAUAAACAAUCUCUAACUUCA